AGAGAGUAGAAACGAUGGGAAAAGGAACGAAAUCAUGGCUAGACGCGAUCCUUCGCGUCUCCAAGGAGAAACGGACGUUCGUCUGUUUCUGUUUGCCCGAAACGCUUUUGGUAGAUAGAUACCAUCGAGUCGAGGAUCCACGGAUUUUUACCUCGUCCUUGGGUGUCCCACGGACCACCUCCAUGCGGAUGCUCGAUUGAAAUUUCUGUCUUGGUCUGGCCGUAGUUGAAAUUUUCGUGCCGUUUUUUCCUUCCGUUUGCCGUUACAAAGAUGCGGGAAAUCGUGCAUAUCCAAGCUGGACAAUGUGGCAACCAAAUUGGUGCCAAGUUCUGGGAGGUGAUCUCGGACGAGCAUGGCAUCGACCCAUCCGGUACCUAUCACGGAGACUCGGACCUACAACUGGAAAGGAUCAACGUGUACUACAACGAGGCGUCAGGCGGCAAAUACGUACCUCGCGCUAUCCUCGUCGAUCUGGAGCCAGGCACCAUGGACUCGGUACGAUCNGGCCCGUUCGGCCACAUAUUCCGCCCCGACAAUUUCGUGUUCGGCCAAUCCGGGGCCGGGAACAAUUGGGCGAAGGGGCAUUACACCGAGGGCGCGGAGCUGGUCGACUCGGUGCUGGACGUGGUCAGGAAGGAGGCGGAAAGCUGCGACUGCCUGCAAGGCUUUCAACUGACCCACUCGUUGGGCGGUGGCACCGGUUCCGGGAUGGGUACCCUCUUGAUCUCGAAAAUUCGCGAGGAAUAUCCGGACAGGAUAAUGACAACCUUCUCCGUGGUACCGUCACCCAAGGUGUCCGACACCGUGGUCGAGCCUUACAACGCGACCCUGUCCGUCCACCAAUUGGUCGAGAACACCGACCAGGCUUACUGCAUCGACAACGAGGCCCUCUACGACAUCUGUUUCCGCACCUUGAAACUCUCCACACCGACUUACGGUGAUCUGAAUCAUCUCGUCUCGGCUACGAUGUCGGGGGUGACCACCUGCCUCCGAUUCCCCGGACAAUUGAACGCCGAUCUGAGAAAGCUGGCCGUGAACAUGGUCCCGUUCCCGCGUCUACACUUCUUCAUGCCAGGCUUCGCGCCGUUAACCUCGCGCGGCAGUCAACAGUACAGGGCGUUAACGGUCCCGGAGCUAACCCAACAAAUGUUCGACGCGAAGAACAUGAUGGCAGCCUGCGAUCCGAGGCACGGCCGGUAUCUGACCGUGGCCGCCGUGUUCCGCGGCAGAAUGUCGAUGAAGGAGGUGGACGAGCAAAUGCUCAACAUCCAGAACAAGAACAGCUCUUACUUCGUCGAAUGGAUCCCGAACAACGUGAAAACGGCCGUAUGCGAUAUCCCGCCCCGCGGUUUGAAGAUGUCAGCCACUUUUAUCGGCAACUCGACAGCCAUUCAAGAGCUGUUCAAGAGAAUUUCCGAACAGUUCACGGCUAUGUUCAGGCGAAAGGCGUUUCUUCAUUGGUACACUGGCGAGGGUAUGGACGAGAUGGAGUUCACCGAGGCCGAAUCCAAUAUGAACGAUCUGGUAUCCGAAUACCAACAAUACCAAGAAGCCACCGCCGAGGACGAGGGAGAAUUCGACGAGGAGGAAGAGACGGAGAAGUGAGGGACGGGUUUUUAUCCGUUACCCGUUUCGCGACGGACUCCUUCUCCCUGCUCUCUUGAUCCUCGACUUGCAAUCCGACCAACAAUAUCCGCAAAAUCCACGUGAAGAGAUUCGCUCGGUCGAAGCCUG